AGAACUUUAGACCAAGUAACAGAUGCAGCCAAUGCUGCAGGACUAAAGAAAACAAGUGGUGUCAUUCAGGAUUGUUAUACGUGGUGAUGUACAGGAUGAUGCUGUGUUGUGUACGGAGAAUGACACCUUUGAUCUAAAGCUUGCUGACAUGUCCAAUACAAUGCUACUGACUUCAAACACACUCUUACCUACAAUGCAAGAAUUUGAUUCCUCAGAAGUCCUAAAAGAAAGUGAGAUAUGUGGAUGUGUAUCAAUGUAUUAUGAAUUAAGACACUGUCAGGCAAAACUACAAGGAUUGAAGAAACUGUUAGAAGAGACAUCCUACAGGGGAGAGACAUUUGAAAAACAAGUGAAAGAUGGAUUAUUUGUCAGAUAUACGCUUGAGGAUUUACGCGAGAGAGUCCAGGCCAGUGAAAAUGAGCUAAGAAACGGAUUAAGGGAGAUGGAAGCACUUGAAAUAAAUGGCUACUGGCGGAUAUUGGAGACAGAAUAUCGUGAAAAAGUCGUGGUCGCCAUCCUUAAUUUACUGGAUGAAAACUCCUGGAGUUAUGAUCGUGUACCCAUGAAAGAAACAUGCGACGUUUUGGAAGAACUGGAACCCAGAUUUGUAAUUUCCCAUUGCCUGAAGUGCUAUGGAGAGGUAGUCUCAAUGGAAACAGAAGAAGGUAACGAGGAAACUUACUAUAAACUAUCAGAAGCCAAAGUUUGUACAUUUUAUGCGGAGUUUCUUUUACGACCAGCAGGAAGGUUCAACUAUUAUGAGUUUAUGGAAGCCUGGAAACAGACGGUCCCUGAGGGAAUGCACGUGGACGACACUCAUCUUCAGGGUAUUGCUCUAAGCGAUAUGGCGUCAUCACCAGCUGUCAUAUGGCAUUUUCCAAAGGAUAAUCUUCCCUCGGAUCCGGCCAUGAGAUUUAAUAAGCUGUUCAAGACCAGAGAAAAAUGGACGUUAGAUGACAUCCAGCCAUACUUAGCAGAUUUGGAAUCGCCUGGUCAGUCAUUGAAAGCUUUAUUACUGAAAUAUGCCCGCUGUUCAACAGACGCGACUGGAAAUAAAGUUUACAACUCAAAGCGACCACUGAACUGAAUGGUUAGAUAACGCAAAAGUAAAAAAUACAAAAUCGGAAGGAAGAUCCGAAGAUAAUCCCACGAUUCCAUGUGGAACUAACGUGAAUGUUGGUAGAAAAAAAAACAAGUGGACAGUAAUACUAAAACCUUCGGCUUCACUCGAUUGGCAAAGAAACAUGUUUAUUAUACAUGUACAUACUGAUAUAGCAACUAGUUCGCAGGGAUAAGGUUGAGAAUAUUGAAGAAAUAUGAAGGCAGGGACUGGGUUGAGUAUUGAAUGGGAUUACGACGUAGCAGGAAGAGAUAUUGACGUCAUUAUCUGUGACAUUACCAUCAGA